AUGAAAAGGAGUUUAGCUGACACCUCGGCUCGCAGCACAGCAGGUUGUCUGCCUGUACCACUGUUCAAUCAGAAAAAAAGAACUAGACAGCCCCUCACUUCAAAUCCACUUAAAAAUGAACCAGGUACUGGUUCUGGGACUCAUAGUUAUGACUUCUCUCCCUCAUCAUUUGGCUGGGGAGCUGCAAACCCAGAAGUGGAUGAACUGCAGAAAGCAGCAGACAGUGGCCAAGCAGAACAUCCGAUGGCUUCUUCCCUUAUGAAACCACCAAAUGCAUCAAAGUUUAAUUUAGCAAAUGCUGGAAAAAACGUGUCUGCCUGCAGGAACAGAAAUGAUUAUACUCCUUUAGGUAGAGCAGCAAAUUCAAGAUCUGAUAAUGGAACUUCUCAGAAGUUUGAGAACUUUUCAAGCAGUUUGAAAACUGUCCAGCAGCAAAAACACCCUGACAGUCGUAACCCAUCCCAGCUCAUCAAAACAGACACAUCCAAAGGACAGUGGCCAGUGAAACCCAACACUGUGGCAAGAAGUCUGCAGGGUCAUAAUCCAGCAUAUAAAUUUAACUACAAUACUCAGCAAAAUAAAAUGAAUGAAAACCAAUUUGGCUGUGUCCCAGAAGAUAAAAGUCAGGAAAUCUCAUCAUCUCAAGUGAAAACUAAAAUUAAAAAAAAUUCUUUGCGAAUCCUGUCUGCAGUCAUUCAGAGUGUGAGGCACUGGAGCCAAUAUGCCUAUAAAACUGCACUGCUAUUUGAAGUUUUAGGCACACUGGAUUCUGCAGUCACACCUGGAGCAUAUGGGGCAAAGAACUUUCUUCUGAGAGAUGGAAAGGAGACCCUGCCUUGCGUGUUUUAUGAAAUUGACCGUGAGCUUCCACGACUCAUUAGAGGUCGAGUGCACAGGUGCAUGGGAACCUAUGAUGCAAAAAAGAACAUUUUCAAGUGCGUCUCUGUAAGACCAGCAACUGCUCAAGAACAGAACACUUUCCAAGACUUUGUUAAAAUUGCAGAUGUUGAGAUGACAGCAUAUGUAAAAACUAUGAAUGAAAUGUAA